AUGUCUGAUUUAGAAGCAUAUGAUGCUCUUGAUCCAAAUGGGAACAUCACAAUUAAAUGGGAUGUCAUCAAUUGGACGCCUGAUGGCUACGUGGCAGUUGUAACGAUAUUCAACUUCCAACAAUACCGUCACAUCCAAGCUCCCGGGUGGAGCCUCGGGUGGACCUGGGCUAAAAAGGAGGUGAUUUGGAGCAUGAUGGGCGGCCAAACAACCGAGCAAGGAGAUUGUUCGAGGUACAAAGGGAACAUCCCACAUUGCUGCAAGAAGGACCCCACGGUGGUUGAUCUCUUGCCCGGGACACCUUACAACCAGCAGAUUGCAAAUUGCUGCAAGGGGGGUGUCAUAAACUCUUGGGCUCAGGACCCAGCUAACGCUGCUAGCUCCUUCCAGGUCAGCGUGGGGGCUGCGGGGACCACGAACAAGACGGUUAGGGUACCCAAGAACUUCACGCUCAAGGCACCGGGGCCCGGCUACACGUGUGGGCCUGCAAAGAUUGUGAAGCCCACCAAGUUCGUCACGCAGGAUGGGAGGAGGGUGACCCAGGCGAUGAUGACAUGGAAUGUUACGUGCACAUAUUCACAGUUCCUAGCUCAAAAAACUCCCACGUGUUGCGUAUCAUUGUCAUCCUUUUACAAUGACACUAUUGUCCCUUGCCCGACUUGUACAUGUGGAUGCCAAAAUAACCUUACGCAGCCUGGGAGCUGUGUGAAUCCUGAUUCUCCUUACCUUGCUUCGGUUGUUUCCGAACGAGGGAAGAGCAAUAGUCUGGCGCCACUUGUUCAGUGCACCAGCCACAUGUGUCCCAUUCGGGUACACUGGCACGUGAAGGUGAACUACAAGGAGUACUGGCGUGUUAAGGUCUCAAUCACAAACUUCAAUUACAGGAUGAAUUAUACUCAGUGGAAUUUGGUCGUCCAGCAUCCCAACUUUGAUAAUUUGACCGAGAUUUUCAGCUUCAACUACAAACCGCUAAAUCCGUACCAAAAUAUAAAUGAUACCGCAAUGCUAUGGGGUGUCAAAUUUUACAACGACUUGCUCAUGCAAGCGGGGCCCUUAGGAAACGUGCAGUCGGAGCUUCUUUUCCGAAAGGACAAAAAUACCUUCACAUUCGAGAAGGGUUGGGGCUUCCCGAGAAGAAUUUAUUUCAAUGGCGAUAAUUGUGUGAUGCCGCCUCCCGACGCAUAUCCAUAUCUGCCAAAUGCUGCUACUCUGCGCCAAAAUGUCUCGUUUUUAUUGCUACUCGUUUCUCUCUUCUCGUCUCUCGCUAUCCAUUUCGCGUGCUUUUGA